AUGAGGAUUGUCAGCGUGGGGAUGCGCAGCAGGCGGGCGGCAGAACCCGUGGAACCGGAGGAGGAGGAAGAACCCCGGCACCGUCCCCCUCCCCCACACGUGUCCCCACACCACAAUUAUGAUCACAUGAAGUCAAAGUUCAUGAAUGAGGUCGGCCACCUACCAAUGCCCUUGUGGGCCGUGGGAGCGAUUGUGGUGGUGAUCCUGACUCUGAUCGCGUGCUUCGCAUUCUGCAUGUUCAAGAAGUGCUCUGGGCAGAAAAAGAAGUCAAAGAAAGCCCGGGAGAGGAAAGGAGGAGGCCGAAGAAGGAAAGGAGAUGAUCAAGGAGAGGGGGGAGGAGACCAGAAGGAGGAUGGAGAGAAGAAAGAGGGACAAGAAGAAGAGAAGGAAAAUUUGGGAAAGCUGGAGUUCACUUUGGACUACAACUUCACGGAUGGCCAGCUCACUGUCGGAGUUCUGCAGGCUCAGGACCUGCCAGCUAUGGAUAUUGGUGGCACAUCGGACCCCUACGUUAAAGUCUACCUCCUACCCGACAAAAAGAAGAAGUUUGAGACCAAAGUGCAGCGCAAAAACCUGUGUCCUGUUUUCAACGAGACUUUCAUGUUUAAGAUUCCAUAUGCUGAACUUGGAGGGAAGACUCUGGUGCUCCAGGUGUUUGAUUUUGACCGCUUCGGGAAACACGACGUGAUUGGUCAGAUUACGAUCCCCAUGAACAGCAUAGAUAUGGCUCAGCCUCUCCAUGAGUGGAGGGACCUGGAGAACGGAGAGAAGGAAGAGCAAGAGAAGCUGGGUGACAUCUGCAUUUCUCUCCGCUACGUCCCCACGGCGGGCAAACUCACUGUCUGCAUUAUGGAGGCCAAGAAUCUCAAGAAGAUGGACGUUGGUGGAUUAUCUGAUCCUUUUGUGAAAAUUGUGCUGCAGCACAACGGCAAACGGCUGAAGAAGAAGAAGACAACUGUGAAGAAGAACACACUAAAUCCAUAUUUUAACGAAAGCUUCAGCUUUGAGAUUCCCUUUGCACAGAUACAGAAAGUUCAACUGAUUGUCACAGUGUACGAUUAUGACAAGCUUGGCAGCAACGAUGCCAUUGGUAAAAUUUUCAUCGGCUACGGUGCCACAGGUGUGGGCCUGCGCCAUUGGUCAGAUAUGCUGGCCAAUCCUAGGCGCCCAAUUGCCCAGUGGCACACCCUCCAGCCCGAGGAGGAAGUUGACGCUGCACUCAAGGCACCAAUCCGCUAG